CAACUCUGUAACUCCAUGGUAAUCUCAUGCAAUCAUACAUGACAUAUCAACACCCCAACUGCCGCUUUUCAAGACUUUUGCUUCUUUCUUAGCGAUGGAGACUGUGCGGCCUUGGGUUGUCCAAGUCGAAGGCCACCCUGAGACCAAGCGUCAUCAUGAAAACCUCCCACGAGCAAAUCUCCCAAGCUCGACUUCCGUGAAGCCAGUUUCAUUGGGUCUCGGCCUGGGCUUGCUCGCGGGCUGUGCCGCUCGUGCCACGCGUGCCACGCGCCGUGCCCCGCGGUCGACCGCGCCGUCGACGGCGCGGCGCUACACGGCGGAGACCACCCGAGUGAUCGGGGACUGGGCCGAUGGGCUGGUGGAAGCAGGCGAGGUGAAGUUAGUGGUCUCAGAGUUGCCAGGAGAUAUCACUCAGUUCAGGAGCGUCCAUGCCAAGGGCGGCAAUCGCUAUGGAGAAGAGUUCGAUUUGGCCGAGGGCAGCACUGAGAACCUGUAUCUCAUCAAGGCAUCGGAGAAUCCUUGGGUGCUGAUUGGUGCCUUCAGUGAGGACAGUACCCGAGGGCUCAUGUCGGAGAUGUUGGCCCAAGAAAGUGGACUGGCGGACCGGAUCGGCGUACUGAUGCUCCAGUUCUUUGAUGGCGGACAGGUUCCUUUCAUUGAGGCGUUGGUGGAGAAACGGUCUGGUGAUUCCCUUCUGAUCUACACGUCAAUGCCUGCAGUUCUGGCGCUUAAAAAGAACUUGUCAGAGGCGUCCCUGCAGAAAGUCAGCUUCGUGCCCAUCAAGAACACCUCCAGGCUGGAGAUUGAGAAGGGACGUGUGAUGCGCUUUGUGCUGACACCGACCAAUAAGCUCCCAGAAGCACUGUCAGCCUUCGAUCCAUUCACCGGGAGCCUCUUCACUGGAAAAUUUUUUAGCGCUCACAAGGAGAUUGGUGAGAAGGAUAGCCCGGUGGACAGCCCAGGGAUCGAAGGAUGGGAGGCUUAUGUGGAGGAUUGGUAUCACUUGUUCGAUUGCUACUUCUUCACGAAGUCAGCAGCCUCUUCGGUCAGGAAGAUUUUCAUGCUUUGCGAGGCGCUCAAAGGGCCAGACGUGAUGCAACUGGCCCCGCUGCAUGGGCCGGUGGUGCGGGAGCAAUGCUGGAAGCUCAUGGCCAAGUACGAAGCCUGGACCGAGCAGAAGUUGCGAAAAGAGACUCGUCGAGACUUUCAAGUGUUGGUCAUGUAUGCUAGUGCCUAUGGUCAUACAAAGACCUUGGCCAAAAGCAUCUCGAAAGGGCUCACGCAGUCGGGUGUCAAGGUGGUCGAGAUGAAUUUGGAGCACUGCACUGCUGAUGAUGUCUCCAAGGCUUUACAGGCCGCAGAUGGCUUUUGCAUUGGCAGUCCCACACUGGGUGGAGAGAUGCCAUCCCAGGUGAAGGAAGCCUUGGGCGUGGUUCUGACGCUGCCCGCCGAUCGCCGGCGGCCCUGUGGCGUCUUUGGGUCCUUUGGCUGGUCGGGCGAGGCGGUCGAUGAGCUCCAGUUCCGCCUGAAGGAUUCCGGCUUCCCAAUAGCCUUUGAUCCCAUCCGCGCGAAGUUCCGACCCACUGAGGAGACCCUGGAGCUGUGCGUGUCGUCGGGAGUGCGACUCUUCCAAAAGCUCUGUCGCGAUGUGCUGCAGAAGCGGAAGAAGAUGGCGCGAAACCUGGCGAAGGUGGCAAAGCCAGGGAGUGGAGCUCUUGAGGCCUUUGGAAAGAUGCGAACCUCACAGGCAGUCCUUAGCUCCGAGACGGAAGUCACCCCUGUGUCCUGGGUGAACCAGGCGUCCUUUGAGCCCUUGGGCCUUACCUUGGCGAUUCCCAAACCUGAAAACGACGACUCAGCUGACUUAGCUGAGUCGAUUGAGCCGGAGUUUCAGCUGGACGAGAUCCUGAAAAACCACGAGCGCGUGAGAUCCAGAUAUGUUGAGGGUGAUGAGGUCCGAAAGAUCGUGGAGCAACUCCUCAAAACCAGCGAUGCUGAACGAGUGAACCAGGCCUGUGAACUCUUGGAUCCCUACGACGAAGGCUUGGUGACCUUCGACGAGCUGCGCCUGGCGGUCUUGCCCGGCGAGCCGCUCCGCGCGAUGAUCGACGACGAGUCCUCGCAGAAGGAGGAGACUGGGGAGUCCUCGGAGCAACGCCUGGCAGACUUUGUGUUGAGCUUGGCACCUGAAGGGCAAAGCCAUGCUGAGUUGGCCAAGGCUGGAGCUCACAAGAAAGCAAAAUCCACCAAUGGAUGUAUGAUCCUGGAGGGUUGCCAUGCAUAUCUGGAAUGCCAGACUGUGUCCAUCUUGGAUGCUGGAGACCACUCGCUGAUUUAUGCGGAGGUCAAAGCAGGUAAAGUCUUGGAUGAGAAGGUGAAGACUGAUAUUCGAUCGGUCCUGGAGUCGUCAGACCUCAUUGGUUGGAACCUGAAAGAGGAAGCCAAAGCUGUCGCGAUGGCCGCGUUGCCAGCACCUCAUUGCCAGCACCUUGGCUCGCCAUCCGUCUUCGCCGGCUCUUCGGGCUUCCGCGGUGCCGCUCGUGGCAGCUGUCCGCGCACCGCCUUGGCUGCCCGAGGGGGUGAAGUGCAGCUGUCAGAGAUGCAGAGCUGGACCGGCCUUACGCCUGGCAAGGAGUAUCGCUUGCAGACCAUGUGCAUCGAUUCAGUGGCAGAAGAGACGUCCACCAUCCGGUCCCUCGACUGGGAUCGAGAUCGCUUCGACAUUGAAUUCCGUUUGGAGCGAGGGACCACCUACAAUUCCUAUAUCAUCAAGGGUGACAAGACAGCUCUGGUGGACACCUCCCAUGAGAAGUUCGAAGCUCUCUACACGGCCGCCCUUCGGAAGGAGUUGGAUUUGGCCACUUUGGAUUACUUGAUUGUCUCCCACACCGAGCCAGAUCACUCCGGUCUCAUUGGCAAGGUCUUGGAGAUGGCUGCUGAGGUGGGCAAUGAGAAGUUGGAGGUCAUUGGCUCGAAGAUGUGCAUCGCAUAUCUGGAGAACUUGGUCUUCCGACCCUUCAAGAGCCGAGUGGUGCAGAAUGGUGUGGAACUGGACUUGGGGAAGGGGCACAAGCUGGAAUUUGUCAUCGCUCCGAAUCUCCACUGGCCUGAUACCAUGUUCACCUUCGAUCAUAAGACUGGGCUCCUCUACACUUGCGAUGCCUUUGGAAUGCAUUAUUGCUCUGAUCACCCUGAGGAUGUUGAAGGGGUGAAGGAGUUGCUUCCUCACUAUGCCACUUACUAUGAUUGCCUUAUGAAGCCCAACGCGCGUUCUGUGCUCACUGCCCUCAAGAAGAUCGAAGGCUUCGACUUGAAGGCGGUGGCCACGGGCCAUGGUCCCAUGUUGACGGAGAACCUGAGCGAAUUCGUGGAGCUCUACCGCUCCUGGAGCCAGAAGGCCACUGAGAAGAUCGGACCCUCUGUGGCCAUCUUCUGGGUCUCCCACUUCGGCGAGUCGGAGCGUUUGGCACAGCUCUUUGCGCAUGGCUUGACCAGCUGCUCGGUGAACGUCGAGAUGCAUGACCUCAAUGCGGUGGAUGCCACCGAGAUCGCCGAGUGCGUGGCCCGCAACGAGCUGGUGGCCUUCACGGCGCCGCCGAGGAACUCCACCGCCGCGGUCAACGUGGGGUCCAUUGGGGCGAAUCUGAAAGCCAAAAAACAUCAGUUCGUGGUCUUGGACAGCUGCGACGACGCGCAGGAGCCGCUCCCGCUGUUGCGGAGCCGCAUGCUUGAAGCCUCCAUCCCGGAGGCGUUGCCAGCGAUGGAGGCGGCGCGGCCGAUCAGCGCGCAGGUCUUGCACUGCUUCGAGGAGGCGGGGAUGAACAUCGGGAAGAAGCUGACGCAAAAAGGCAAGGCGCAGGCUGCCAAGAGUCAGGACAAAGAUCUCUCCAAAGCUUUGGGGCGUUUGGCAAGCUCGCUUUAUGUAGUGACUGCCAAAAAGGCAGGGGUGCGGCAUGCGAUGGUCGCCAGCUGGGUGACCCCUGCCUCCAGCAAACCCUUGGGAGUUUCAGUGACCAUCGCAAAAGAACGAGCCAUGGAACCUUUGCUUCGCAUCGGUGACAGCUUCACCUUGAACCUCUUGGAGGAAGGGAAACCACAAACCCUGGAAGCCAUGAAGCACUUCCUGCAAAAGUUCGCGCCGGGCGCCGAUCGCUUGGCGGGUGUGGAACACAUCGAAGGAUCCAAUGGAGCUGCCAUCUUAAGGUCUGCUUGUGCCUACCUGGAGUGCAAAAUCAUUUCUCGCAUGGAUGCUUCGGACCAUUGGGUGGGCUACGCUGAGGUGGUGGGUGGAGACGUCGCAAGUCCCAACGCCGCUGCUGCGGUGCAUCACCGAAAGGUUGGCACCUACUACUGAGGCACAGAUGACUGUGCGCCAUUCAAACAGAUGACUGCCACAAUAGAGAGCCAAGAGCUACCUCAGGUGGUGGCAGUAUUAGUAUGCAUUUUUAGUAAUCCGGUGACCACGGUCGCUCCAUGUGGCCUCCAACCGAGUCAUGUGAGCGCAAGACUCGAGUAAGGCCGGGAGAUUCGAGUCGGUUCGAGGAUUUUCUGCUUCCCAUUUGCUGGAAGCAAAGCUGCACCUCUUCUUUUCAAGCACCGGAAAAUCGAUUCCGACGAUGACAGUGUCAUGGAAAUGAAUGAAAAGGAGGUAUAUACUUACUGCUAGUAUAUAGUAGAAUUCUUUGCAUUGGCUUCAGCCAGGGAACGGUUUUUGCGCUUUUGAGAUGAACACGUCUUGGUAGGGAGACUUUCUUUUGAGGUAAACCUUCUCAACUGCAUGAACAUUUCUGCAGAUGAUGUCAGCUCGUGGCCUAUUUGCCAAGACGGGUCAGUUGGUGAAUUUGAGGCGAUGCCGUUUGCCAGGCCCCGGCGAGGCGAUCGACGUCUUCGCCAUCAGACCGACCACUUGCGCUUGAG